AUGGCACUUAACUGCAGUGUGGGGCCGAAUGCGUCUGAUGUGGCCCAUGUAACAUUCCAGCGCGUGGCCUACACACCUGUGUUCAUUUUAGGCCUCGUCCUGAAUGCCUCAGCAUUGUGGUGCUUCACGCGCAUCCCCCAGUGGACGGACACUCACAUCUACAUGCUUAACCUCCUGCUAGCAGACCUCUUACUGACCCUUUUCCUCCCCGUCCGCAUAUACGAGGCCUACUGCCCCAUGUUCCCAGGGAUGUUUUGUACAUUUCUGAUCUGUGUGCAUUACUGCAAUAUGUAUGUUAGCAUUUUCACAAUCACAGCCAUCAGCAUCCAUCGUUACGUGGCCGUCAUGUUCCCUAUGCAAAACCAAACCUCAAGGGCCUCAGAGGCCAGGAGAAAGAAGAUAGCAAGCGGGACAUGUGCUUUUAUUUGGCUUGCAGUAAUAACAAUCUGCACAAUUUUUUCAAGAAAUAUGCUUCCAGACCAGCUGCUGACAUGCUAUUCGCGCAAACAUUCUGAAAAGAUGACCUUAGCAUUCUUAUUGGUUUUGGAGAUUCUUGGGUAUCUUCUGCCGAUAGUCAUCAUCACAACCUGUUCAACGCAAGCAAUCAGGACAAUUCUAAAGUCAUUAAAGAAAAUCCAUCAGCACUCAGAGGAUGAAAUUGUCGACAGCAGAAAAAGUGUUGUCGCCAUAAUCACAGCAAACAUGAUUGUAUUCAUGGUGUGCUUUACCCCGAUCCAUCUUGGUUAUGUGUUCAGAUACAUUUUUGGUGAUACUUUUUAUGUUUUUUAUGAUGUCGCUGAGUGUUUAGCAACAACAAACUGCUGCCUAGAUUCUGUGGGAUAUUACUUUUUGUUGAAAAAAAUUUUCAGAGACAAAAGAUAGUAUAGGGGCCUAGUUUAAUAAUAAUUAUUAUAUAUAUAUUUUGGUCUUUCGGCUGCUCCUGGCAAGGGGUCGCCACAGCAGACACGUUGUCCGCACAUACAAGCUUGCACAGAUUUUACGCCGGAUGCCCUUCCUGACGCAACCCUCCUAUUUUACCUGGGCUUGGGACCGGCACUGUAACCAGUGGCUGGGGUUUGGGCACUUUGAUGAUUAUAAUAAUAAUAAUAUUAAAUAGUUAAAUAUAGUUGCAAGCAACGAUGAGUAGGCCCAAGCACCAUCACUACCUGGGUGCACCACACAACUUACACCUUCACACAAUGUGACGUAAUAGGGCUGAUGUCACAUGCGUGUGUGUUUGUGGGUGUGCGCGUGUGAGAGUGAGAGAUGUGAGUGUGUGAGUGUUAACAUUUGUAAUGGGUGUGUAGAAUAGAGGGAAUUAUAUGUAAAGACUUCCAAAAAGCUGGUGUGUGUGUGUGUGUGUGUGUGUAUACGUGUGAGUGUGUUUAUGCGUGUGUGUGUGUCUGCGUGUGAGAGAGAUGUGAGUGUGUGUGAUAUGUGUGUGUGUGUGUGUGUGUGUGUGUGUGAGAGAGAGAGAG